GCGCGAGCGAGAGAGAGAGAGAGACGGGCUGCGCGUUAUUCGCGAGAGUGAAACGUGAAGUUCGGAGCAAGUCCGUCGUGGAUAAGCACGCGCGCCGCCGCCACCGCCGCCGCCGUCGCCGUCGCUGCGCGGCUAACCUAAAUAUUCGGCGGCCGUAACAUAAUUUUCUCUCUCUCUCUCUCUCUCCUCUUUCCUUCAUUCCCUCUCUUCCUCUCCUUUCGUCUCCUCUCUCUCUCUCUCUCUCUCGCUCUCUCUUUCUUUUGCUGUCCCCUCCCCGCCUAUAGUUUCUCUUUUCCCGUCUCCCUCACUCGCCGUUGACACGUCGUCAUCAACGGGCAAGUCGUGUCCGUCGCACGUCAACGAGAGUCACGAACCUCGGCGAGGAUACCGUAGCGCGCCCGCGAGUGCAUGUCGCGCGGACACGUCGCGCUCCGAGCAGAAGUGAGUCGAAACCGCGGUGGUGUGCGCGCCGCGCUUCUUCCGUCGUCCUCGUUCCCGUCGCCGUCGCCGUCGUCGCCGUCGGCCCGUCACGCGGACCUACCGUCGCGUUUCGUAAUUUCGCACGGAGGUGGAGCACCGUGGGACAAUCCCCUGCGUCUCGACGACACCUUCGAAAUUGUUAGUGUGAAUGAACGUACGCGAUCACUGAGAGGAUAACACUGGUGAAGCAUCCACGAAGCAGUAACCAUGGAGGACGGCCAUGUUAAAACUGUAGACGAAGUGAUAAAUUACUUUAACGUCGAUCCUGACCAGGGACUGAGUCCUGAUCAAGUCAAGAGGAACCAGGAGAAGUAUGGUCUCAACGAAUUGCCAGCUGAGGAGGGAAAAUCCAUCUGGCAACUCGUCCUGGAACAGUUCGAUGACCUUCUAGUUAAGAUUCUUCUAUUAGCUGCUAUUAUUUCUUUUGUAUUAGCCUUAUUUGAAGAGCACGAGGAUGCGUUCACGGCCUUCGUCGAACCCUUCGUCAUCCUGCUCAUCCUCAUCGCCAACGCCGUGGUCGGUGUCUGGCAAGAACGAAAUGCCGAGUCUGCGAUCGAGGCACUCAAGGAGUACGAGCCCGAGAUGGGUAAAGUUGUGCGAGGGGACAAAUCUGGCGUCCAGAGGAUUCGGGCCAAAGAGAUCGUGCCCGGCGAUAUUGUCGAGGUGUCGGUCGGCGACAAGAUCCCGGCCGAUAUCCGUCUGUCCAAGAUCUUUUCGACUACUCUCAGGAUCGACCAGUCCAUUCUGACUGGGGAAUCGGUGUCCGUGAUCAAGCACACCGACCCUGUGCCCGACCCACGCGCCGUCAAUCAGGAUAAGAAGAACAUCUUGUUCUCUGGUACCAAUGUCGCCGCCGGAAAGGCUCGCGGUAUCGUUAUUGGGACCGGCUUAAACACGGCCAUCGGCAAGAUCCGCACGGAGAUGUCGGAGACUGAGGAGAUCAAGACGCCGUUGCAGCAGAAGUUGGACGAGUUCGGUGAACAAUUGUCGAAAGUCAUCUCCGUGAUUUGCGUUGCCGUGUGGGCCAUCAACAUCGGCCACUUCAACGAUCCGGCACACGGUGGUUCCUGGAUCAAGGGUGCCAUUUACUACUUCAAGAUCGCCGUCGCUCUCGCCGUAGCCGCUAUUCCCGAAGGCUUGCCCGCUGUCAUCACAACUUGCUUGGCCCUGGGCACCAGGCGUAUGGCCAAAAAGAACGCCAUUGUACGAUCAUUGCCGUCCGUAGAGACUCUAGGUUGCACGUCCGUCAUUUGCUCCGACAAAACGGGCACUCUGACAACUAACCAGAUGUCUGUUAGCCGAAUGUUCAUCUUUGACAAGAUUGAGGGUAACGAUAGCAGCUUCCACGAAUUCGAGAUCACUGGCUCGACUUACGAACCUAUCGGCGAAAUCUUUUUGAGAGGACAGAAGAUUAAGGGACAAGAUUAUGAAACAUUACAGGAGCUCAGUACAAUUUGUAUUAUGUGCAACGAUUCUGCCAUCGACUUUAACGAGUUCAAGCAGGCAUUCGAGAAGGUCGGUGAGGCCACGGAGACCGCUCUCAUCGUUCUCGCCGAGAAGAUCAAUCCGUUCGGAGUCCCGAAGAGUGGUCUGGAUCGCCGAGCUGGCGCCAUUGUCGUCAGGCAGGAUAUGGAAACGAAGUGGAAGAAGGAAUUCACGCUGGAGUUCUCUCGCGAUCGCAAGUCCAUGUCGUCGUACUGCGUGCCUCUGAGGUCGUCGAAACUGGGAACUGGACCGAAGCUGUUUGUCAAGGGUGCGCCGGAGGGUGUGCUGGACAGGUGCACGCAUUGCCGCGUCGGUGGUCAGAAGGUUCCCCUUACCUCGACCCUGAAGAACCGCAUUCUGGAUCUGACCCGUCAAUACGGAACCGGCAGGGAUACCCUGCGCUGCCUCGGUCUCGCCACCGCCGAUCACCCGAUGAAGCCCGACGAUAUGGAUCUGGGCGACUCCACUAAAUUCUACACAUACGAAAAGGAUCUCACGUUCAUAGGUGUGGUGGGCAUGCUCGAUCCGCCUCGCAAAGAAGUAUUCGACUCGAUUGUUAGGUGCCGCGCCGCCGGUAUUCGCGUAAUCGUUAUCACCGGCGACAACAAGGCUACUGCCGAAGCCAUCUGCCGACGUAUCGGAGUCUUCGGCGAGGAGGAAGACACCACCGGCAAGUCGUACUCCGGACGUGAAUUUGAUGACCUGCCGACGUCGGAGCAGAAGGCGGCGUGCGCCAGGGCUCGUCUCUUCUCUCGCGUAGAACCGGCUCACAAGUCGAAGAUCGUGGAAUACUUACAAAGCAUGAAUGAAAUUUCUGCUAUGACUGGUGACGGUGUGAAUGACGCUCCUGCCUUGAAGAAGGCUGAAAUUGGUAUCGCUAUGGGCUCUGGUACCGCGGUCGCGAAAUCGGCUUCAGAGAUGGUGUUGGCGGACGACAAUUUCUCUUCCAUCGUAGCCGCUGUAGAGGAAGGCCGUGCCAUCUACAAUAACAUGAAACAAUUUAUCCGUUACCUCAUUUCUUCCAACAUCGGCGAGGUCGUCAGUAUAUUCUUGACCGCCGCCCUUGGUCUUCCCGAAGCACUGAUUCCGGUCCAACUACUGUGGGUCAAUUUGGUCACUGAUGGUCUUCCAGCUACUGCUCUCGGUUUCAAUCCACCCGAUUUGGACAUUAUGAGCAAGCCUCCUCGCAAGGCUGACGAAUCUCUGAUUUCUGGAUGGCUGUUUUUCCGUUACUUGGCUAUUGGUGGAUAUGUAGGCGCUGCCACUGUCGGUUCGGCUGCUUGGUGGUUCAUGUACAGUCCGAAUGGCCCUCAAAUGAACUACUAUCAAGUGACCCAUCACUUGGCGUGUGUUGGUGGUGGAAGCGAAUUCAAGGGUAUUAACUGCAAGAUCUUUGCUGAUCCUCACCCCAUGACUAUGGCUCUCUCUGUAUUGGUCACUAUUGAAAUGUUAAACGCCAUGAACAGCUUGUCUGAAAAUCAAUCGCUCAUCUCCAUGCCGCCUUGGUCCAACAUGUGGCUCAUUGCAUCCAUGGCUCUUUCUUUCACACUCCAUUUCGUCAUCUUGUACGUCGAUGUUCUUUCGUCCGUAUUCCAAGUGACCCCACUAACGGGUGAAGAAUGGCUUACCGUUAUGAAGUUCUCCAUUCCAGUGGUACUUCUUGACGAAACCUUGAAGUUCGUUGCCAGAAAGAUCACAGACGCGUCUGGUGUGCCUGCUUCUACUCUGAAGACAGAACUGGAGCUGUCUGAGCGUUUGCUGAAAUUUCAAGGAUAUGCGAGGACUUCGCACUAACGGAUCUCAUUUUGUAUCCUGCAUACCGUGUCUUCCUUCCCGUAGAGAUAAUGCAUGCACGGUAUAAUUAACACAGCACGUUUCGUAAGAUCCCUUGUUGUAAUCUAUUCUUUUUUAAUUCUACUCGUCCUCUGCUGUGCCACGCGAUCAAUUGAUCAUGUUCAACUUCUCCACACAUUCAUGUUAAGAUACCGAGAUGUUAAGGAGAUUCUUAACAUUUAAGCGGAAAAGUUUAUUACUUUUAUCGAAUAAUGCUUUUGUGAAUUAUUCACUUGUCGAGAUUUUGCAUCUGUAACGAACGCGACAAACGUUGGAAGUAAGAUUUUGUAAAUAUCUACAUAUAUUUUUUAGAUUAGAGAUAUAGAUAAAGUGAAACAGAUUGUAUCACAAAAUUAGCGAGAUUCAUCGCGAUUGGCAUAGCAGAGAGUUUCCUCUUAAUUUCUCGCAUUGGUUUUCGCGAACACAACAUCUGUUCCCCUAUGUGUAUAAAACCCGUAUACGUGUGAUUUAUGCAUUCGAAAGGUUUACGCAAUGCAACAGAUUCGCGUAUCGCUAAUUUCCGGAUAUGGACUGCAAAGGCUCGUAAGUGUAAGAUAAGGCAAAUCGUUAAGCAGAGGAAAAUAGUUUACCUCAUUACCUCUCUCUCGUACGCUCGAAACUGACGGGGCAGUCCAUAGAGUUUUCUAGUGCGUUCGUUCAUGUCAAUAUCUGAGCAGUGUUCCGAACGCAAAUACACUCAUCGUCGGGAUUUGAUUAUCCGUUUUUCUCGAUGAUGAUACCGAGUAGCUACAACUAAUCGUAGAAACAAUUGAACGACUCAUAGACUUUUUAAAAAUAAAUUUUUCCUUGAUGAUGAUAUUUAAUGAUAGUUUAAUGAUAGGCCCAUCUGUUUUCUAAUCUUAGCUCCUUUUCUAGUUUUCUUUUUUAAACGCAUAGAAGAAUUAUAGUUUGCUUUUGGAUAGUUUUCAAAUAAAUUAUUUAAAAUAAAUAUUGAAAAAUAUUUAUGAUAUGCGUGAACAACCUAUAAUUUGAUAAACUGAGUCGGCGAUAAAGAAAUCUGAGGAUUGAUAUGCCAAACGCAUAGUGAACGGAAAUUUGAUUAGCGAUUUUUUUUAUAUAAGUACAGAAUUUCCUUAAGGAUUGGCGACAAUUCUGUUUCAUUGAAUUGAAUCAAUAAUAGUUUUUAUUAAUAGGUCAUUUGUCCACAUGAGUUACGAGGGGAUAAAUGGGGACUUUCCCUAUUUAUUUUCUCACUUCCAAUGUCUCAGAUGAUGAUCGCCGAUCCUCCGAGUUUUCGCAUUGGGAGCAAAUUUAGUCCCCCAAUUAGUCGAGGAUAUUUCUCGAUUGAGUGAACGCGAAUUCGGUCACUGCCUUAGCCACAUAACGAAACGAAAUAAUCGGUGUCGUCACGAGUACGUGGGCCUUCGAUAUAUCUGGCUGUUUAGUCAGUUCAUCCCUUGGAGCGUGUCCUGUCGGCGAAGGUCGACCGCUAAUCAAGGAAGACUGAAAUCGAUAAAGUGCCAAUAGAGAGACAGCAACUUCUCGAUUCUUUCUUUCUCGUUUGAUGACGUAUAAAACCAUCGUCUCUUGCGAAACGAUAUUUCUAACUUCGUCUGCCUGUUCGAUCAGAAAGAAAAAAAGGAAUAAUCGGCAGGGAGGCAGGAAGCAGUAUCGUCUCGUGUGAGACGGCGGGUUUAAGUGGGUUCGCGCUUCCGUCGGCAGUACACGAUUCAAGGUGUCAUCCAGAGAUCUUCGUAGAGAUGAUCGUGAUUCGGCCGUUCGCGAUUCAGCGCGCGAAGCGCAGCGCAGCGCGCGAGGCGCUUCUCCGCAAAACACAUGCAAACGCAACAAGACUGACGAUGUGUUAACGGAGAGGAGCGGACGCGUCCGCUGCGUUUUCUUCUUUGUUUUUUUUUUCCUUCGGCGUGUGACGCAUAAUAAUUUAAUUGCGCCGCUUUCCGGCGCUUCAGGAAUCGGCCGCGGUCGCGCGCGGCGCGACAUUGUAAUAUAAUUAAUUAAUUAAUUAAUUAGUUAACGGUUAAGGCGUGAUACUUUGGUAUGGGCAUAAUUAAAACUUAAUCAGACCGAACGAGUUAGCGCUGCCGCACUAACGAACUUGUGUCUCGAGUAGUGUUUUGUUCCGCAGUUUAAUUUUUAGCGCGAGAUAAACCGGCUUUGCGUCCUGCGAUCGACACCUGUGUCUCGCGAUCUCCGCCCGUCGAACUCGUCAAUGUCGAAAGAAAGCCAAUUCGCGGAUCAAUUCCGCGACUCGGCAGCCAGAUGAAAAAUCAUCGAGACGCGUACGCGAUGUUCAAUUAUCGUCCGUGAAAAGGAUCCAUUUUCACAGUCCUACAGGCACGUUUCUCAGAGAAACGUUGACGUUAACUAAGAUUUUCGAACAUUGAUCUUGAAUGUCUUCAAAUAUAAUCUCUCCGAGUCCCGAGGCGUAACUUGCCAUUAUCACGUUUACCAACUGUGGCGCAGAACAAUGGAUGCCAUUGCUCGUUCGGAUAUUCAGACGCGCGGAUCGGGUGAUUGGCACGGGUUAUCGGAGCACAGGUACGCGCGCGCGGGGAUCAAUGCCGGUGCGAAGAGUCUAAUGCAGUUCUCUAUGACGCUCAAUAAGUUCGGCGAAAUUAAUCGGGAUGUACGGAUGCAAGACGGACCGGAGCGAUGGAUCUCGAAAAAUCGUGCGAAUUUCAACACCGAAUUUCUUCAGCAAAUCAGUUAAAUUCGAGAGUCCGGCGAUCGUUAAAGAGAUCUGUAUAAUUGAGUUCAAGAGACAGAACGUUACUCUCCCUUUGUCGCGUUAAACGCGUUUACAUUGCAUUCGCGCGGUCUCUUCGGGACUCGUCGCUUGUCGCUCCCUCGCAUCCGGAUCCCCAACCUUCGUCCACGAUGUAUAUGUAAGUACUUGAGUGUGCAUUGUAUUUUACGUUGACCGAGAAUGACGGGGUAGUGCCAUCACGACGAAAGUAUACUGCGCGACGUCACGCAAAUAUCGAUGCAAUUGUUUGAUCCAAAAAGUGCAAUCCUAGCCAUACUCCCAUUAACACGUAACGCUACAAAAGGAAGAAACGAUUCGUAUAUUUGUUGUAUAUCUCUUCGCAUAUUUGUAUUUAUUAAUUUAUUAGUAAUUAUUGUCGCAUAUAAAAUGAAUUUGUACGCGAGAGUUAAUUAGCUCGGUAGACAUUUCCCCAUUGAUCCUUGUGUGACGUUGACAAUCAAAACGCGGUGUCCAGCGAUGAUGAGACUACGAACGCGUCGUUUCCUUCAGGAAGUACCUAUUUCUCUAACGAUAACGAAUUAAUAUUAAUAUUAAUAACUUAUGGAAUACUAUGACAUCGAGUGAUUUCGAGUAAUAAACUCGCCGCGGACGCGCGUCCGCGGCGGGAAGUUAGUCGGGAAAUUAUAAUUCCGGUAAUGCGAAACCAGAUUUCUCGUAGAGACGGAAAUAUAUAAAAAGUAAUAGAAGGGAAUAUUAAGCAGAGAAAUUGUAUACACGAAUCCGACUGUUGCGCGUGUUACGAUCAAGUCUAUGCAUAUACGAUAAGUACAAUUACGUUAUCAUGUAAUUACCGGCGCGCCAUCACCCUCCUCCCCCUUCUCCGGUGCUGGCGCUCGCAAUUUGUUUUAUUUAUCGUCCGAUUUGCCUUUGUCGUGUAUUCAAUUUGAGUUUCGUAACGGAGCGACAAUUAUAACAAGUGAGAGAAUAUGACGACGGAAUGAUAUAUAAUGCAUUACUUGUUAUAAUAAAAGAAUCAUGUGUUACUAAUGCAUUUCUCGAUCCUCCGACGAUUGGCCUACUAAUCGAAGCAAUAAUUCUCCGCUUAAAUUAAAAUCCGUCAGCUAUUGCCAUCGAGGAAAAAAAAAAGAAGGAAUCGAACACUUAAUGCGACGCCGUCGUGAUAGGCGUUCGGUUCAUUUUGUCCCCACCUAAAACUACUUCAACUUUUUCGACUUUUUUUCUCUCUCGUUGUCUGUUAUUCACCCCCACAUUCCGAAUGUUCAUUGUAACCACAGCUGGCUUAAGACAUUCAGACGUUGGCGGGCCAGAGUUACAUGAGAUUUAGAGCUACACGAGAUUACCGAGUGUACAUUUAAAAUUCAGAAGGGAAAUUAAAUUUCUGUUUUAUUCGUAAUUUUUUUUCUCUUGUAAAUAACGGAAAGUGAGAUCCAAGUUUCGGCGAGGCGAUAUUUUUAGUUAUUUAUAGAAUGACGGAAUUAUUUUUCAGCAACUGUUAUUUGGCUCGAAAAACAAAUUAAUUCUAAAAAAACACAUUGUAUGGAAAAACAUUUAGUAUUUUAGUACAAAAUAAAAUUAUCAUGAACGGCCCA